AUGACAGUUCCCGUCGAUGCCUUGAUCGUUCCGAGACUUUAUUCUUUCCGAGGCGGUAGACCAGAAUUUCCUCAGGGAAAACCUGCAAAUGGUAUUCACACCAUCUUGCAUUCCUUCGCAAUUAAUUCGAUCGCCAUGCGAGAGAGGGGAACGAUUGGCGAACGAAGGCUCGCCAUGCAGCCACGGAACAUGUUCGAAGCACUCUCGUGCGUCAGAAUGGUGGAUCCUGUGCACGCCAAAGCAAAAGGAAAGAAAAUGCGCAUAUGCUGUACACAGUUGAAGAGAAGUCCCCGGUGCCGAUCGUUGCUUCCACGAUUGCCCAUGGCCCGCCGCCGCAAGAUUUUGGCGCCCGCCGGCAGUUAA